GUGAAACGCUGCCGCCGGGUAAAGUGCAACUUCCGCCGCCGGUCAGGCUGCAGCUCCUGCUAGAACAACACAUCACUCAGUCAGGGUUUCUGUAAUAAGAAGUCGAGAUGUCUCGGAGAUAUGAUUCAAGAACCACCAUCUUUUCCCCUGAAGGCCGUCUCUAUCAGGUGGAAUAUGCCAUGGAAGCGAUUGGUCACGCUGGGACCUGUUUAGGGAUUUUAGCCAACGACGGCGUGUUGCUGGCAGCGGAGAGAAGAAACAUCCACAAGCUGCUGGACGAGGUGUUUUUUUCAGAGAAGAUCUAUAAACUUAACGAAGACAUGGCAUGCAGCGUAGCAGGAAUCACAUCUGAUGCCAACGUCCUCACUAACGAGCUCAGGCUAAUCGCACAGAGGUAUCUCCUCCAGUACCAGGAGCCCAUCCCUUGUGAACAGCUGGUUACAGCUCUGUGUGACAUCAAACAAGCCUAUACACAGUUUGGAGGGAAAAGACCAUUUGGUGUGUCGCUGCUGUAUAUGGGCUGGGAUAAACACUAUGGCUUCCAGCUGUACCAGAGUGACCCCAGUGGAAACUACGGAGGCUGGAAGGCUACCUGCAUCGGCAACAACAGCGCAGCUGCUGUGUCAAUGCUGAAGCAGGACUUUAAAGAGGGAGAGAUGACGCUCUCUGCAGCUCUCGCUCUCGCCAUUAAAGUGCUCAACAAGACCAUGGACGUCAGCAAGCUCUCUGCAGAGAAAGUUGAGAUCGCCACGUUGACGCGAGAGAACGGUAAGACCAAAAUCAAGGUCCUCAAACAGAAAGAGGUGGAAGAGUUGAUCAAGAAGCACGAAGCAGAGGAGGCCAAGGCGGAGAAAGACAAGAAAGAGAAGGAACAGAAGGAGAAAGACAAAUGAGAAACCUGCACUUCUUCUUUUCUAAAAUCCAAAAAAAAGGGGUUUGACUUCACAGUGUACCACUCAGUCUUGUCUGUAUGUCUACUUUUUUCUUUAAUAAACACAACACAGUGA